AUGCGUGUGCAGGAAUGGAUGUACCCCAGCCUGUCUUUUGAGGAACAUCGAGGAAGUGAGGCCCCACCUGAGGAUCCAGCCCGAGGCGUGGCGCUGGACCAGCACCUGAGAGGACGGGGCGCAGGUGCCGCGGGUCCCAGCCGCCCGCCCUUCGCGCCCUGCUGCUCCGGGCGCGGAGCUCGGGUCCAGAGUCCCGGCCCGGCGUGUGGGACCCGCGUCCGCUGCGGGGUCGGUUCCCGCUGCCCCGAGGCCGCGGCUGUCCCCGGAGAAGGGGACCGGGCAGCCCCUCCGCGCGUCCCGGGAAACCGUCUCUGGGUCCUGAGCAGACUCGCGGCCACCCCCCCGGAGAGGACAGUACCUGAGCCCGUUCCGCGGCGGAGGCGCGGGCGCACAGAGCGCCAGGCCCCGCACUCGGUCAAAGGGAGGAGAGGAAACCGGAAGACCCCGUGCGCCCCGGGCCGCUCCCGACUCCGGACUAAGCGCGCCGCAGGCGCUGACUCAUGGGCACGGGAGGCGGGGGCCGUGCCGCCCGACCCGCUCCCGGGACGCUCGGGCCGCCGCAGGGCGCGGGAACCGGGACGCGCGGGGGGAACCGGGACGCGCGGGGCGCACCGCCUCGCCCGGGAGCCGCGCACCGACGCCGCGAGGCCGGGUCUAGGCGAGGCCCGGCCCGCCCGCAACCGUGCCGCCGACGCCGGCCCCCCUGCCCCCUGCCCCGGCCGCAGCACCGCGAUGGCGGCGGCGGCACGGAUGGGCCUCGGGAGCACGGCCUCCCUCCCUCGCCCGCCCGGCGCUCCCGUCCGCUCCGGCCGCAGCCAUUUUGGAGCGAGCGCAGACAAAGAGAGAGUCGCCGCCGCGGCCCCCAGCGGGCACGGGGCGCGGGCCCCGCCCGCCGCGCCCCUGCCGGCCUCCCGCCUGCAGCCCGGGCCCGCCCGCACCCCCGCGGCCCGCCGGCCCGGGGCCGCCCGCUCCCCCGCCGCGCCCCCCCCCGCGCCCGCUCCGGCCCCCGCGCCCGCGCCCGCCCCGCCGCCCGCCGCCAACAGUCAGCCCGGGCCCGCCGCCGCCGCCGCGCCCGCGCAGGUGGCCAAGGCCGACUCGCCCAAGACGGCGGUGCAGCCGGCGCCCGCGCCGCCGCAGGCCCUGGCGGCCAGCUGCCCGGCCGGCGCGGGGGCCGGCAUGAUCCUCGGGCCAACUAUGCAAGGGGCGCUGCCCGCCGCUGCCGCCGCUGGACUGCCGCCGCCGCCGCCGCCGGCCCCCGGCACCCCCACCGGGCUGCCCAAGGGCUCGGCCAGCGCGGGGCCCCAGAGCCUGCCCAGGACGCCGUCGGCCACCAGCGGCGGGAUCCGGGCCACGCUGACGCCCACGGUCCUCGCCCCCCGCCUGCCGCAGCCGCCUCAGAACCCGACCAACAUCCAGAACUUCCAGCUGCCCCCAGGUAUGGUCCUCGUGCGGAGCGAGAACGGGCAGUUGUUAAUGAUUCCCCAGCAGGCCUUGGCCCAGAUGCAGGCCCAGGCCCACGUGCAGACCCAGCCUCAGACCAGCAUGGCGGCCCGCCCUGCGACCCCCACAAGUGCCCCUCCCGUCCAGAUCUCCACCGUCCAGGCACCCGGGACCUCCAUUAUCACGCGGCAGGUGACCCCAACGACCAUAAUCAAGCAGGUGUCUCAGGCCCAGACGACGGUACCGCCCACCACGGCACUGCAGCGCUCGCCCGGAGUGCAGCCUCAGCUGGUUCUGGGUGGCGCGGCCCAGACGACUUCCCUCGGGACGGCGACGGCUGUUCAGCAGACGGGGACACCUCAGCGAACGGUCCCAGGGGCCACUACCACCUCCACAGCUGCCACGGAAACCAUGGAAAACGUGAAGAAAUGUAAAAAUUUCCUGUCUACGCUAAUAAAGCUGGCUUCGUCUGGCAAACAGUCCACGGAGACCGCCGCUAACGUGAAGGAGCUAGUGCAGAGCCUGUUGGAUGGAAAGAUCGAAGCAGAAGAUUUCACUAGUAGAUUAUACCGCGAACUUAAUUCUUCACCUCAACCUUACCUUGUGCCUUUCCUGAAGAGGAGCUUGCCUGCCUUGAGACAGCUGACCCCCGACUCCGCAGCCUUCAUCCAGCAGAGCCAGCAGCAGCCGCCGCCCGCCUCGCAGGCCACCACCGCGCUCACGGCCGUGGUGCUGAGCAGCUCCGUCCAGCGCACGGCGGGGAAGACGCCAGCCACCGUGACCAGCGCGCUCCAGCCCCCUGUCAUCAGCCUCACGCAGCCCACACAGGUUGGCGCUGGCAAGCCGGGGCAGCCCACGCCGCUGGUGAUCCAGCAGCCGCCCAAGCCGGGAGCGCUGAUCCGGCCGCCGCAGGUGACGCUGACGCAGACGCCGAUGGUGGCUCUCCGGCAGCCUCACAGCCGCAUUGUGCUCACCGCGCCCCCGCAGAUCCAGCUGAACCAGCUGCAGCCGGUCCCCGUGGUGAAGCCCGCCGUGCUACCUGGAACCAAAGCUCUCUCUGCCGUCUCGGCUCAAGCAGCUGCUGCGCAGAAAAACAAACUCAAGGAGCCCGGGGGCAGCUCAUUUCGGGAUGACGAUGACAUCAAUGAUGUGGCCUCGAUGGCGGGAGUGAACCUGUCCGAAGAAAGCGCACGGAUAUUAGCCACGAACUCUGAAUUAGUGGGCACCCUGACGCGGUCCUGUAAGGACGAAACCUUCCUCUUACCAGCGCCUUUACAAAGAAGAAUCUUAGAAAUAGGGAGAAAACACGGCAUCACGGAGCUGCACCCAGAUGUAGUGAGUUACGUGUCCCACGCCACGCAGCAGAGGCUACAGAACCUCGUAGAAAAGAUAUCAGAAACGGCUCAGCAGAAGAACUUCUCUUACAAGGACGACGACAGGUACGAGCAGGCAAGUGACGUCCGGGCUCAGCUCAAGUUUUUUGAGCAGCUCGACCAAAUUGAAAAGCAGAGGAAAGAUGAGCAGGAGAGAGAAAUCCUCAUGCGGGCGGCCAAGUCUCGAUCCAGACAAGAAGAUCCGGAGCAAUUACGGCUGAAACAGAAGGCAAAGGAGAUGCAGCAACAGGAGCUGGCGCAGAUGCGGCAGCGCGAUGCCAACCUCACGGCGCUCGCCGCCAUCGGGCCCAGGAAGAAGAGGAAAGUGGACUCGCCGGGGCCAGGGUCGGGGACUGAGGGGUCAGGCCCAGGCUCCGCGGUCCCAGGCGGCUCCGGCGUUGGAACCCCCAGACAGUUCACGCGACAAAGGAUCACGCGGGUCAACCUCAGGGACCUCAUAUUUUGUUUAGAGAAUGAGCGUGAGACAAGCCAUUCACUGCUGCUCUACAAGGCACUCCUCAAGUAGCAUGGGGCGGGCGCGGCGCCGCAGACGGAGACGCCUGGCACGUUUUUAUAUAUUUGCAGAUGACGCCUUUUGUAACAAGCAAAUGGGAUAUUGUUUAAAAAACAGCCACCUCUUUACAACAAAACAGUUUUAUAUUCCCGUUUCUAAGUCUGCUCUUCAGUUCGGAAGAAGACACGUUUCUGUAACCGAGAACAGAGGCCGUGGGCGCUCUGAACGGACAGUUAACUCUUAACUCAUCUUUGAGUGGCCUUCUUGCCAAACAAGCCAUAUCUAAAAACUGAUGGAAUCGUUUAGCAAAUAAUUAGCUGCCCUCUGUCACCUCGUAGCGGUUUCUACAUUAUUUGUGCAUUUUGUUUUAUUCAACCCAACUUAUUGCGUAGGUGUGUGUCUACAGCAAUGACCUCAUUUCAUUUAUUUUAUUUUUGUAUUAGUCAGUUGGCAAAGCAAACUGAUUUUUUAGACUAUUUAUGUCCCUGUCCCCUCCCUCGCCAGAGUCCCCGAGGAGCACGGAGCUGGUCGCGCUCGCCCGGAGCGUGGUCCCUCUCUGCUCCGGGGCGGCCGCGGUGGCUCUUUCCGAAUGUGCGGUCGGCAUCUGUACAGACGCGUUUUAUUUGCUCGAGUUUGUAAAGCUGUAAAGUUAAAAGAAAUGAAAACCUUUUCAGCAUAAAUAUAUUUUACUUGCACUGUGUUUUUUAGCUAAAAGUGGAAACUUAGAUGAAAUAAAAUCAAAGUUGAGAA